AUGAUAGUGCGAGCGGGAGUGCGAUUGCGAUUGCAGCGGCAGCGGUGGACAAGCAGGAGCACACCACGCACCUCUUUUACGCGCACGCUAAGCAGUGCAUCCUGGAGCGACACCCGGCGUACGCGCAACAUAGGCAUAAUGGCGCAUAUAGACGGUGGCAAGACGACGCUCACGGAGUCGCUUCUGCACGCUACGGGUCACCUCAAGCACCGCGGCAACGUCGACGAGGGUACAACAACGACAGACUUCCUCCCUGCAGAACGCGAGCGCGGUAUUACCAUACAGAGUGCGUCGAUCCCUCUGCAAUGGCGUGACCACCGCAUUAACCUCAUCGACACACCCGGACACGCAGAUUUCGCGAUAGAGGUCGAGCGUGCAGUACGCGUGCUUGAUGGCGGGAUUGUCGUGCUCGACGGCGUGGAGGGCGUGGAAGCGCAGACUAUGGGCGUGUGGGCGCAAUGUCGCAGAUACUCUCUCCACCCGCUUCUCCUCUUCGUCAACAAGAUGGAUAGAGUAGGCGCCGAUUACAGACAUUCGAUUGAGAGCACUAUAAGGAAAAUGCAUAGGAGACCCCUCGUGCUGCAGCUGCCGAUUUAUAGCAAUGGCGUUGGCGGUGAUGCCUUUGUUGGCGUCGUCGACGUCCUCGGCGAUGCUCCGAUAAACACACCCCAAGAUAUCCUCGAUCAGCGCUCUUUAGCUCGCAAUUGCCUCAUAGAAACCCUCUGUGAAGUCGACAGUAGCCUCCUCGACACUUACCUUGCCGUGGAGGACUAUAGCAGGGUGAGUGAUGCCGAUAUUCACUCCGCCUUGCGCCGGAAUGUCCUUACUGGGGAGGUCCUGCCCGUGUUGUGUGGCUCAGCGCUCAAGAACAUCUCCAUAGACAGCAUCCUCGAUUCAAUCAUUACCUAUAUUCCUUCCCCACUAGACGUUCCUGCGCCGCGGACGACCGGCGGCCACAGCAUUGGCAGUAUCGGGGGUAGCAAUAGCGCAGUGAACAGCGCAAACAAAUCACAAACCACGCAAACCACACAGCUCUCACAAAGCACACUAGCCAUGGCAUUCAAAGUAGUCCACGAUGCCAAAAAGGGCUGGCUAACAUGGGUGCGAGUGUAUGGGGGUGUCCUAACGCGUCAAGGUGUACUAUGGAACAGUUCGCGGGGGGUAAAAGAGCGCGUAAACCGGUUGCUAGUGAUGAGUGCGGACGAUCAAGCGGAGAUCGACGCAUUACACCCAGGUCAAAUAGGGGUGAUACUAGGUUGCAAGAGCACGCGAACGGGUGACACGCUUACAGAAGCGCGCGACACGUCGCUGCGUAAUGUCACACUGCAAAACAUAGCCAUCCCCCCACCCGUGUUCAGUGUUGCGAUAGAGCCCGAGUCCCUGUCAGAUGAAGCAGGCGUGGUAGAGGCGCUGCGCAGUCUCGUCCGCACUGAUCCCUCGCUCGUCGUUAGCGAGGCCAGCGAGAGUAUCGCGGCGGGUGGUGAUGGUCAGACCCUCCUCAGCGGGUUGGGUGAGCUACAUCUGGAGAUUAGCUAUGCUCGCCUGCGUGAGGAAUUUGGCGUUCGUUGCCGUAUGGGGCCCAUGCGCGUCGGCUUUCUCGAAACCCUCCCGCUAGAUGCACACGCUGUGCGUCAAGAGGACUACGCUCGCGAGGUGAGCAGGAAACAUACACAGGCCGGUGUUACAGUGAGUGUGCGGCGGAGAGAGGAUGUGGAGGGUGAGAGUGAGAAAGUACACAACGCACACAACGCAGACAACGUGAUCGUGUUCAACACCCCACACACACAGCUCGCACCAGAGUACGAGGAGGCGGUCAAGAGCGGUGUGAUGGCAGGCACGGCUCGUGGACCGCUGCAAGGGCAUCCUGUGCGGGGGCUGCACAUUACCAUCACAGAUAUACGUCUCCUCGACAAAGACCAGUCGCCAAGUUCGGCACUAACGGCGGCUGUUUCGCUUGCUGUUAUCAAAGCUGUACGCACAGCUUCGACGGUGGUGAUAGAGCCGCUGAUGCAAGUGGAUAUCAUAGCACACGAGGGAGAUGUGGGCAGAGUGAUUAGCGAUCUCACCUCGCUGAGGAAUGGAGUGGUUGUGUCGAUGGAGGAGGAUAUGCAUGGCGCAAACUCAGACGCACACGCUCACACUGACACUCGCACCUCAGUUUACAUUCCCCCUCCCACACAGGCUUCCACACGCUCCUUCGAGAGCGGUGAUAAGGGCGCGCGGAUGGUCGUGCAAGCUCAUGUGCCCCUCACCAAUAUGAUAGCUUACUCGAGCAACCUCAAUGCACUCAGUGGUGGCAGCGGGACUUUCUCGAUGAAGGUGUGUGGCUGGAAGGAGACGAGUGGGGCGGUGGCAGCGACGUUGUGA